UCGAGCCGGCCGGCCCGGUCGGCCGGCUCGAUCGCAUGAAAAAUCGUCUAGUGUGUUCACCCAGAUCGCUGCUGGCUGUCGUGGUGCGUGAACGUGAUGAUCUCACGGCCUCGCUGUGGAACGACGGCGUCUACGGGCCGUCAAUCGCCACCGUUACUGAUUGUGUUCAUCGCACUGAUCCCCGCCUGCUGCUGGAUCUACAUGCUCAGGAAUGAAUUUCCGUGGUACCGUGUCGAUUUCAUCUCCAAAGCGGAUCAGUAUAAAAAUGCGAACGUCUCGCUUGCACAGCGACCGUCGUGGAAACGGCGAGGCGUCGUUUUUCUAAAGACGCACAAAUGCGCGUCGACGUCAGUCUUCAACGCGCUGACGCAGUACGCCGUCAGAAAUCAGCUCAGCAUCGCUCUGCCGCUGAAGCGCAAGACGAUCUUUCCGAAAUGGCGGCGCUUCAGUCGCGACAUGGUGGCGCCACUGCUAGGCGACGGCGAGCGCUACGACAUGAUUCUGCAUCACACGCGCUACGACCGCGCCGCGAUGCGCGACACCGUCGCGUCCGACGCCGCCUGGGUGACCAUAGUUCGAGACCCGGUCGCGAUGUUCGAGUCCUACUACAGCUACUACAAGCUCGCGCAGCGCUUGCAUGUCGACCUCGAGCGAUUCAUGCGCACGCCCUCGAUUUUCUUCACGCGCCUGCUAUCGAGUCGCAGCCUCGACGUGCCCGCGCGCAAUCCGAUGCUGUACGAUCUCGGAUUGGACGUCGCCGACUUCGACAACGAAACGGAAAUCCGGCAAAAAAUCGCAGAUCUCGACGUCGAAUUCGAUCUGGUUAUGGUCGCCGAGUUCUUUCCCGAGUCGAUGGUGCUGCUCAAGCGGCUACUGCGCAUGCGCACCGACGACCUAGCCUCGCUGCGCAUAAACGGCCGCGAGGAGGCGUCCAAGUCGCGCGUGCGGUCGCAGCUGGCGGCGCGGAUACGCGCCUGGAACUGGGGCGAUCAGCUGCUCUACGAUCGCUUCCAACGUCGGCUCGUCGCCCGCGUCGCCGCGUACGGCGCGGCGAGAAUGCAAGCCGACGUCGCCGAGCUGUCGUCGGCCAGCGACAGUCUGGGAAAGCGCUGCGUCAUCGGCGUGUCGUCAGAGAAAAAGGGUCGGUUCGCGUCGUCGGCGACUAUGGUGAAGUUUAACGUGAAGAGCGACGAGCCAGAGUGCGCGCUGCUGGCGGUGAACGCGACGACGGCGUGGGACUACAUGACGCGGACGACGAUUGAUCUGUGAUAGAAGGAUUCGCGCGGCGUGUCGCUGAUCUCACGUUGAACUCGCGCACCUUGAAAUGCAUUACAGUUCACGUUUCCAUUUGCGGUAACAACUGCAGUUGCCAUAAACGCCAAAUACCGGUUCAUCGAACGCGCAACUCUCACAACUCGCCAUAUAAUUACAUAUAAUAUAAUAAAAUAUAUAAUGUAAUAUAAUAAUUAUAUACUAUAUAAUGUAAUAUAAUAAUUAUAUACUAUAUAAUGUAAUAUAAUAGUUAUAUAAUAUAUAAUAUAAUAUAAUACGAUGCCAUAUAAUGCAUUCUUACGUAGUAAGAAUUUUACGCAUCACUGAACGCGAUUAAGUGAAACAUUGUUUGUUAAAGAUGUAAAAAAUAAAGUUGUUUUGUGUAAUGUUUA